GCCGUCAAAGGUGGAUGCCUCGUUUCACCUCCUUCCUACCGGCACAUCUCUCUCUCUCUCUCUCUCCCUCCCUCUAUGCCUUCGUCAUCAGUCAGAAAGUCAAUAGGCUCUCCCUGACUGACAUACCUUCAUCUGUUCUCUACGGCUUGCACAGGAAACUUGUCUGGAGAGAGCUUGAAGGACACGUUGACAGCCAGGAGUCCCAGCACCUCAGAGGACAGAGAUCAGCGAGGAAACAGGAGGGAUAGACCAGGCCAGAGACCACCUCAGGAUACGUUGCAAAACAGAGAGCCGAUCUCUGAACCUAGAGCCCAGUACGAUAGUUCACUGUCAUGGGAAACGCCAAGAGCAGCGCGAUGUCCAAGGAGAUCCUGGAAGACUUGAAGAUGAACACCAAGUUCUCAGAGACCGAGCUGUGUCAGUGGUACGAGAACUUCCAGAAGCAGUGUCCGACCGGACGCAUCUCGCCCGAUGACUUUGAGAAGAUCUACGAUCGUUUCUUCCCAGACAGCGAUGCUAAAACUUACGCCCAGCACGUUUUCCGCUCCUUCGAUACCAACGACGAUGGGACACUCGACUUCAAGGAGUACAUCAUUGCACUGCACAUGACGUCCACGGGCAAGACGACCAGGAAACUGGAAUGGGCCUUCUCCCUUUUUGACGUCGACAAGAACGGAUAUAUCACAAAGUCUGAGGUGGCCGAGAUUUGCCAGGCCAUCUUUAAGCUGAUCCCUAAGGAGGAUGUGGCCAAGCUGCCGGAGGAUGAGAACACACCAGAGAAGAGAGCUGAAAAAUUGUGGUCUUACUUUGAGAAAGAAGAGAAUGAACGCCUGGCGGAAGGAGAGUUCAUCCAGGGCGUGAUCGAGAACGAGAACGCCAUGCGUCUCAUCCACUACGAACCAGCCCCUUAAAUACUCGCUGCUUAGAUCUCCCUCCUGCUUCUACACCUUUCCUCCCCGUACUCUCUGUCUUUGUAAUGGCGCCCCCUUCCUGUCCUUGUGAGUAUGGCAGUGUCUUGAUCUUCACUCAGGAAAGUGUCUCUUCCUUAUCAGUCUGCUUGUACGUUCAUAAUGUACACUGAGACAUUUUUAUGACCCAAUUUGAAAUCUUAAAGGGUGGAUGGUGGCAGUUAGCAUGUCAUAAUGAUAUUGUGGAAUAUUACCAAAUUUAAAAGCAUAAUUCUAGAGUACAAUAUUUACAAGUGCAGAAUUGAUGUUCUGACAGGACAGCUAACUGAUUUGUGACAAUAGAGAUUGAUUGAGAUAUCGUUUUUGUAGUGACAGUCACAGGUGUUUGUUCUUGGGGCUUAAGCAUGAAUGAUUUCCAUCGUUGUAACAGGCUGUAAAUAUUAUUGUUUAUGCAGUGAAAAGCCCAGUAAAUGGUGUGAUAGAGCUUUGAUUAGAGUACAGUGGUUGGUAAAAGAGAACUGGAUGGAUGCAAUCCUUUCUCUCUCUGGAAGUUGUGUUUUUUGAUUUGUAUCCUUGUCUUGACUAUUUUUGACCAAAGCUAUACACAAUAUCUUGUGGAUUAAAGAUUUUCUCAUAAAUUUG